GAUUUGGAUUGUGCAACUUAAAGUUAGCAUGGAAUCAGACGCUUUGAAUCUUGGAUUUUACAUGCUUGAAGAUAACCUGAAAUCACGUGUGCAGUAUGUUUCAGUUUGUGCGGUUCGCUAUCUCAGAAUGACUUGUAGAUGGGUUAGUUUGGCCUUGCGACCUUAUUCCACCUUUGCUGCUUUAUUUCACUAGAUUGAAUUUGUCAGCAGGUGCAGCCACCCCAAGUGAUGGGUUCGUAUUCCGGUGCUUCUGAAAUUGUUGAAUCAAAUGAAGGAUUCGAUUCGAUUCGUCAUCCUAAAGGAUCGAAGCCUUUAAAUUUUAAACCGAGAGUGGAUGAUAGGGCGAGCAAACAUUCCUCACCAAUGUCAGAACGUUAUUCACUAGAAGAUGACCUUAAUCAGCUCAUCAGGACUUUUGAUCUCAGAACACCCCCUAGAGGCAUGGGCUCUGUGGGCCCUUCACAACAAUUAGGAGUGAGCUCAUUGCGAAAAAGUGCCCAAAAAAGGCCUGUUAGAGUUGGUAUAUCGCAAGCAUCAGGUAUAGGGAUUUCCGAAUCUGUGACCUUGAAGCAGGCACUAAGAGGGUUAUGCAUUUCUCAGGCGUCGGAGAUGGCUGCUAUGAAGCGGUUAUCAAAGCCAGCAGGUUUGUCCAGUUCUUCUGAAGCUGGAACUAUUAAAAGGUUAUACAGGGCGGUGGUAGUUGAGGCUGGGGAAACGAGUCUCCCCCUCAAUAAAGAGAAGGGGGAUUUGGUAGAAAUAUCACUUGUGCCUGAAAAAGGCUCCUUGUAUUCAUCUGAGAAACCUAAAUCCUUGAAAGAAAACCAAGUCAAUGAAGAGAAGGAGAGUUCACUGGAGAUAUCCAUUGUGGCCGAAAAAGGCACCCUAAAUUCAUCGGAAAAGGUAGCCAAACCCUUGAAAUUGCCCAAGGUGGAAUCAGCAGAUCAAAGUGCCAUUUCUUCUCCCCCUUGUGUAGCUGCAACCACAUUGAAGGUGACAAAGACUAAAACAUCUUCCCAAGAUGUAAUUGCUCAUGCCUCAUCAGACGUUGCAUACAAAGCAUCGACUGUGGGGCCCGGGAUGAAAGGAAAGAUGAUUUCUAAAUCAUCUGUGUCUAGCUCAAAUACUGGUUCAGAAGUGAGCAAUUUGGGUGCAAGUCCGCGUGCAAUCAAACUGACCUCUAGGAGCACUAAGAAAAAAGGAAACCAGGAUUCAACUUCAGUGUCUGGCAGUUCAAAUAUGUCUUCUGACAUUGACAGGGUUGCUGUGGGCCCUGGUACUAGCAGAUUGGAUUACCAGAAGGACAGUAAUCAAAAGAAUGCAAGGCUAGAAUCCAGCAGUGAAAGUAAUAACAUUGAAGGAAGAUCAAGGAACAUGCACUCUUUUAUAAAUAAGCCUGAUUGUUGUUCAAAUAGCUGUAAUGGAGACAGUACAGUUGGUGCGAAGAUGAGUGAAAGCACAAGAACAAAAGAAAAGGGGGAGUGGUCCCAGAGCUCAAAAAGUAGCAUUGGUGACUACAGCAGCAGCACUAGCAUCAGCGACGAGAGCAAUCUGAGCAGCACUAUUUGUAAUGGAAAUAGGCCCCACAUGUCAAAAGAUUCGAGAUGGGAAGCCAUACGUCAUGUCGAGAUGCAGCAUGGAAGCUUAGGGUUGAAGCACUUCAAGCUGCUGAAGAGGCUUGGCUGUGGUGAUAUUGGGACUGUUUAUCUUGCUGAGCUAACGGGUUCAAGCUGUCUAUUUGCGUUGAAGAUCAUGGAUACUGAUUUCUUGGCAAGCAGAAAGAAAACUCUGAGGGCUCAAACAGAAAGAGAGAUACUGCAAAUGCUGGAUCAUCCUUUCCUUCCGACCUUGUUCACUCAUUUCACGACUGAUAGACUGUCAUGCUUAGUUAUGGAGUAUUGUCCAGGUGGAGAUCUGCAUGUACUCCGACAGAGACAACCAGGCAGGAGUUUCUCAGAACAAGCAGCCAGGUUUUAUGUUGCUGAGGUCCUCCUUGCUUUGGAAUACCUACACAUGCUUGGGGUUGUGUACCGAGACCUGAAACCAGAAAACAUUCUAGUUCGAGAAGAUGGUCACAUUAUGCUCUCGGACUUCGACCUGUCCCUUAGAUGUACAGUGAGCCCUACCCUUCUAAAGUCGUCUUCACGAAGUGAAGAGCCCCCAAAAAGACUAUCAGGACCUUGUGCUGAUUCUCCCUGCAUCGAUCCUCUCUGCCUCCAACCAUCAUGGGUCCAAAUGCCAUGCUUCACGCCCAGGCUUAUAUCCUCGGCCACGAAGACCCGGAGACCGAAAUCUGAUCCAGCUUCCCAGGUAAGGCCACUGCCACAGCUUGUGGCAGAACCCACUGAUGCACGGUCCAACUCAUUUGUCGGGACCCAUGAGUACUUGGCCCCUGAAAUCAUCAGAGGAGAUGGCCAUGGGAGUGCUGUUGAUUGGUGGACAUUUGGGAUCUUUCUUUACGAGCUUCUAUUUGGUAGGACACCCUUCAAAGGGUUGGUGAACGAGGAAACCUUAGCCAAUGCAGUCUCACAGAGCCUGAAAUUCCCAGAAAAUCCACCUGUCAGUUUUCAGGCUAGAGACCUCAUCAGAGGUCUGCUGAUAAAGGAGCCAGAAAACCGCUUGGGGUCCAUCAGAGGAGCGGCUGAGAUAAAGCAGCACCCAUUUUUUGAGGGUCUGAACUGGGCACUGAUUCGAUGCACCGUGCCACCAGAAAUGCCGAGCAUUGGUGAUCUCGGGAUUCCGGGUGGUACAGGCAAGGAGAGCAAGUGUCUAGAAUUUAGGACUACUGAAGAGCAUCUGGAGUUUGAACUAUUCUAGCAAAACUCAAACCACGAGGGAUCAAUAUCUGCAUGUAUCGCUGCCUUUACUUUUGUUGUAACUUGUAACUGAUAUGGUUCUUAUAAUGUAAAUGGCAGUAAGCAUCUCAA